AAAAAGUUCUAGGAAUAAUUUAUUUUUUGAGUUGACACCCAUAUAAGCGCUGGUGGACAUGGGUAUAGAAAAAUCCUAGAGAAAACUUGAAAAAAUUUUUGGCCUUUGCUUUUACGAAUUCGCGUUAUUAUAGAGGACUUCUCUGAAAAUCCUAGGAAAUUGACGUCAAACGGACGCUCAAACUUGCGGUAAGUCUUCAGCUGGAUUCGGACGUCAAAACAAUCUUGAGAAAAUCAAAUAAUCAAAAUUUUUAACAGUGAAAUCAUCGAGAUCUGCGUCAGACUUCUACAUCGACCCCGUAAUUCAAAAUAAUUGAAGACUCCCACCAGCGCGCGUUCUGCGCACGCUCACAAUUAAAUUCCCUCUAAUUUUAAAUCGCGUGCGUCCAAUGAUCAUCUGGAAAAGGUAAACGCCUCCAGCUUAAACUUUGACAUUUCCAGAAUUAGUUAUCAAUAAAAGCAUCAUAUUUAUCUCACCUCGUUAAUAAUUAUAAAUUAAUUAAUUUUCAUUACUCGAAAAAUAAAAAUGGAGUCUGCAGUAACAGACCUUGAGCAAAGCAUCAAUCAAGCUAAUGGUAAAAUAGCAUCAAUUACAUGGAAAAUUGAGACUUUUGAAAAUGAAUUUCCUCUGGCAGACAACCAGGAAUCGGUGCUAAAAUUAAUAAAAUCAGUUGCGGAGGUUACUGAAGAAUAUCAAUCUCUACGUAAAGAAAUUUUAGAAGUACAACAAAUUCAAAAGCAACUUACAGACUCACUCAAAUCAAAAGUAUCCCAAGUACAAAAACAAUACUUCGUGUUACGAGACAAAAUAAUUGGAUCUGAAUUAUCUACAGCCCAAGAAGAAUCAAACAAAUUGAAGUAAUGUCAAUCUACGAUUAUCAAACCUGGAAUCUAUGUGCCAAAACAUAUAUAUCAAACUUAUGGUAUUCCUACUCAACGAAUGCUAUAGAUUAUUUAUAACUAAUUAGUUUAAUUAAUUUAAAUUUAUAUUGUUAAUUAGUAUUAAUGAACCACGACCAAACAUUUAGCCUUCUCUAUUUAUUAGAAAUUAAAUAUUUAAUCUCUACUGAUGAGUGUGAGUAGCAGACAUCAGACAAAUUUAAAAUUAUUAAUUAAUAGAGUAAAUAAUUAAUAAAUUUGAAUUUAAAAAAAAUGCACAUUUGAGAAAUUUUGAAAUCGAUAAGUGCAUUUUUUAAAAAAAUUUUUUUUGCAAUUAUUUACUCUAUUUAUUCAUAAUUUUAAAUAUGAGGGUUAAUGUACCAGACAUUGGACAAAUUUUAAUUAUCAAUAAAUAAAGUAAAUAAUUAAUAAAAUCAAAUUUUUAAAAAAUGCACAUUUAAAAAAUUUUAAAAUUAGUAAGUGCAUUUUUUCAAAAUAUUUUUUUAAAAAUUACUUACUCUAUUUAUUCAUAAUUUUAAAUAUGAGGGUAAUGUACCAGACAUUGGACAAAUUUUAAUUAUCAAUAAAUAAAGUAAAUAAUUAAUAAAAUCAAAUUUUUAAAAAAUGCACAUUUAAAAAAUUUUAAAAUUAGUAAGUGCAUUUUUUCAAAAUAUUUUUUUAAAAAUUAUUUACUCUAUUUAUUCAUAAUUUUAAAGAUGAGGGUAAUGUACCAGACAUUGGACAAAUUUUAAUUAUCAAUAAAUAAAGUAAAUAAUUAAUAAAAUCAAAUUUUUAAAAAAUGCACAUUUAAAAAAUUUUAAAAUUAGUAAGUGCAUUUUUUCAAAAUAUUUUUUUAAAAAUUAUUUACUCUAUUUAUUUAUAAUUUUAGAUUUGUCUGAUGUCUGCUACAUUCACAGUCAUUCUCUACUGUUGUAUCGCCUCAGCGUCAGGGCGUUAAUUAUUACGAGUAUUUCUGCCCAAUUUAUUUAAAAUAUUUUUAAUUUCUUAGUUUAUUAAAAUUUCUACUCUAAAAUUUUAUUUUUAUUAUCAUUUAAAUUUAAUAAGACAAAUCUCAUUAUUAACUCGCAAACUUAUUGACUUCGAUGACUGUAUGAUCAUGGAAUUUUUCAAAAAAUCUACACAUGGUCUAAUUUUUUUUGACUAUUCCCGGUUUUUUUUCUUUCCCACUUAAUUUCUUCCCCUAUAAAAAAAUAAAAUAUACAGAAAAAAUUAAUUGUACACCCUUGUCAUCUGUACGAUACAAUUACGCACAAAAUCAGUAUUUAUGUAGAUGAUGUUUAAUUGUUAAUAUUUAAUUAUAUGUAGAAAUGCACUGAGAGAAUAAUGGUCUGUAACACAUUCUCAUCUACAUGACAAAAGAACAAACACGUUUAUAUUAACUGUAACAUUAAAUGCUCAAUUUAUUCCUUUUAAUCAAAAUUUAAUCUCCAAUAUCUGUAUCUUUUUAAAUAUAUAUAUAUACU